AUGGACUUUGUUACUGCAGAGUUUGCCAUUCUAAAACCACUUAUUCCCACUUAUACCCAUCUUAUCCUUUCUACCCUGUUCGCGCUUUAUAUUGGCUGUCACGCAUCGCUAUCAAGACCGUCGUCCGCUAGGAAAGAAAUUAAAGAACAAGAUGAGGAAGACGAGUUUGAUGAAGUUGUCGUCCAAAAGAUGGGAGGUUUAGAACCAUCAGAUGCUAUCAUGUUCCCCGUCUUGUCCGGCAUCACUCUCUCCGGUCUCUAUCUUUUGAUAAAAAACUUCGACGCCAAAUACCUGAACAAGCUGCUGAACUGGUACUUUUCCCACGCCAGCUUCAUAUUUGCUAUAUCAUUUAUCCGGGAUGCUAUUACGAUAUUCAGAUCCUUCGUCUUCCCCACCUGCUACUUUCAUGGAGGUGCCUUGUGGAAAGCCAACCAGGAAAAGCGCAUUUUCGAAGCAGUAUCUCCGGGAACAUCAUCGACAGAUGCUCGCCUGUCGCCUUUGCCGGGCAUCUUAGGGACUAUAUCUCUUCCACAAUCUGCUCGGGGCCAUUUAUGGCAUUUGCGAGGAGUGUCCUAUCAGAAAGUGAACUUCCAGGCCUAUGUCCGUUCGCUUAUGGAUCUCAAAGUCCGAUUUAACGUCAUUGAUAUACUAGGAAUAAUAUUAUCAGCAGCUGUUGUCCUUUUCUCAGUUUUUGGUUCUCGGCCCUGGUGGAUCACAAAUUUCCUGGGAUUCUGCUUUUCUUACGGCGCACUUCAAUUCAUGUCACCCCAGACAUUCUGGACUGGGACCCUGAUACUAAGCUCUCUGUUCUUCUACGACAUUUACUUUGUGUUUUACACACCCAUGAUGGUGACUGUUGCCACAAAACUUGAUAUCCCAAUUAAACUCAUAUUUCCACGACCCCCUCCCCCUGGACUUCCUCCAGCCAGUGAUGCAGGAGCAAUGCUGGGCCUCGGCGACAUUGUGGUGCCAGGGUUGAUAAUUGGGCUUGCCCUUCGAUUUGACCUUUACCUCUACUACCUGCGGAAUCAAAAACAACAGAUACAAUCAGAUUCAAGCGAGGACAAUCGAAUCCAAUAUAGAAAUGCUGCCGGCGGAUGGGGUGAAAGGAUCUGGGGCUAUGGGUUUAAAUCAUCAAAUGUCCCCGACGAGGAGAAGCAGUAUUACAAUGCGAAGACAUUUUCAAAAACUUAUUUUACAGCUGGUGUGGUUGGGUAUGUUAUCGGUAUGGUUGCAACCCUCUUGUCGAUGCAGCUAUCGAAUCACCCACAACCUGCACUACUAUUCCUUGUUCCAGGAGUACUUAUUGCGCUCUGGGGAACGGCAUUCGUGAAGGGUGACGUUCAUACCAUGUGGAAUUUCUCCGACGAGGUCGAAGACGAAGACGAGGAUGAUACCGAAGACGAAUCGGCUGAAAGCAGCCUAUCCGAGCCAGGGUUCCUAGGCAAGGUGAUAGGACCGGAAUGGGCGAUUUGGAUUAUGGGUAAACUCGGCAACAAGUCACCGACAUCUAAGAAUGGAAAACCUGGUAGUGAGGGGUCUGACGUAAAGAGCGUGGAGAGCGAUAAACCCGGAGAUAAGGAUGAUGGCAGCAAGAAGAAAUCCCCCAAAGAGAAGAAACCUCACCCUCGAUCCGAGCUUAUUUCGAUAUCAAUUUCAUUGCCCACAGAGCCAGACGGAACAGGCCAGGUGGAAGAAGAAGACCAGCCCGCUUCAGAGCCUUCAUCAUCCGCGAGUCCCUCUCCCGUUCUUGUUGCUAAGGAUGAAGGCCCGCCGUUGAAGAAGAGACGCGGAUAUAGACCGGCUAACUAA